AUGGAGAAUAUUAUCAAGCAGGGCUACCUGAAGAAGGCCAAGCCUAUCGCAGCAGACAGUCCACGCUCCAGCCUUUGCUCAAGUCUCCUUCAGCUUUUUGAAUCAAGUCGAUGGUACAUGUUCAUUGUGAGAAAUGGCCGACCAUUCCUGGAAAUUUAUGAGAAGGAGCAGAGCGCAUUCUCAGGGCAACCUAUGACAUCAUAUGAACUAAGCUCAUGCUACAAAAUUACAUACACCCUCGGAAGAACGAGUAAAGCUUGGACCUUCUGUUUGUUUCUAGAAGAACGGGUCUUGGAAAUAACUGCAGAAUCAAGGGACCAGAUGUUGGAUUGGUGCCGAAAUUUAGAAAGGACUUUGGUGCAUUAUGGAAAAAUUAAACAGAGCACGGACCAUGUGUAUGUGGAAUAUCCAGUCCGGUAUACACCAAAAAAAACGGGUCUGGAACAGGAAGCAGCAUUAGAAGCUGGUGCAUCAGCUUCAGUUCAAGAUCCACAGAACCCUCAGAACCAUACUGGAAUACCUGAACCUACUGAGGAAGAUUACCAAGACUUUCUGGAAUUGAUUGAUCACAUGAGUGAUGAUGAUGAUGAUGUAGAUGUUGAUAGUGAAGAAACCAAUUUGAAGACUGAAGCAUCUAGAAACAUUCCCAGUCCUCAAAGUCCUGAAGUUCCAACCAAACUUAAAGAUUAUGUUCAAAGUGCCCAGGGGGCUGAGGGUGGUAGCUCAGUAACUGCUGAUAAAGACAGUAGUGACAAUGAAAUGGAUACGUCGGAGGAUGAUUUUGUUACCCCAGACUUCUGGUUGUCCAAUAAACUUCCUCCAGUACCUCGGAGAUCAGACUCGCACCAAUUCCACACUUCUACUAGACCAUUGUCAGAACAAAUCCAUGCUAUGACAUCAUCUGUACCACCUUUACCAGCCAGAGGUAGAUCUUACAUAGAGAAAGGACCCACAUUUAUCAGUAGUGCUGUUGUAAAUGUUGAUUCUGAUUUAAGAGCACCGCCUCGAAGAAAAUACCAGGAAAGUAAUUUACUGGUUAAAGGAUUAAAUAAAACUGCAUCAAAAUCAGUGAGUGAAGAUAAUGUUUCUGUGCGUUCUCCUCUUGUCACUUCUAAUGCUGAUGAUAUAGAGGACUUGGAUGAUGGGUAUGAUAAUGUUGUCGAACUUAGGAAGUCAAAUUCAGAUAGUGCAGCCACUGACCCUUGGGUUCGCAGCUUGGAAAACAAUGAUGUAAACAGUAGAAAAUCUACUCUAAAAGCAUACGAUGAUGCACAGUUGUUUGUUCAUUUGCCGAGUAAGGGUGAUGAUUAUGAGGACAAUUAUAGUCUUAGCACGCCUACUCCAGAAGACAACUUCAACUUUGAUUGUACACAAAAGCCUGCAUCACACACUUCCUCAGGUGAUGAGGAGAGUGUCCUUAAAGGUAACAAACCAGAUUUAGAUUCUGCUGCAACUGGUGUUAAACAGAUGACUUUAGGUGGGAAAGAUGAAAAUUAUAAUUUAUGUGAUAAAAAUGCUCAUGGGAAAAGUGCUUCCCCAGAUGAACUAAUCGCUUCAAAUCUUUAUGACUUUGGUAAAAGUUAUGUAGUCCAAGAACCUAUCAAUGUAAGGGCGGAAAACAUCUAUGACUUUGCCCGAUCUGAGAACACCCUUGUCCACACUCCAAUUCCCACCUCCUCACAGUCUAGUCAGCGGUCUAAUAUGGUUGUCCAUCCACCAACAUUUCCUACUUGUGGUCGGACAGAAUUCAGUGAGUUUGACUCAUUGUAUUCCAUUCCUAAGUCUGCCAAGCCUGUAGCUGGCCUUUCAACAGAGGAAGUAUUGCGUCCUGUUCGACCACCAAGACGAGUUACUCCAGAAUCUGCGCCAACUUUGUAUUCAGCUCCACAGAAACGAACGUCAAAGUCUCAUAGUAGUUCGUCCAUGGCUGAUGCUGAACCUCCUGUAGCCUUGUAUUCUGUACCUCAGAAAAAAGCUUCAAAGUCUCACAGUAGCUCUUCCAUGGAGAAUUCAUGUGAAAAUUCAAAGUCUUCUACAACACCUAAGACGAAAUCUAUGGAUUCCUUCCUAGCACCAAAACCUCCAUCUCUGGAUACUUUACCGAGCCAAAAACCCCCUUCAUUAGAAAGGGUGACCUGUCCAGUGCCACCUUCUUUAGAAACUCUACAUUCUCAAAAACAGACGUCUGUGACUUCACCUAAUCGGCGUAGCCCAAUUUCUAUGCGACCAUUGCCUUCAUUACCAACAAACUUUGAUAGUAGUAACGAUAUGCAAAAUAAACUGCUCUCAUCAACAAAAGCAGAAAGAGCAACUUCUCCAUCGCAUGAUGGAUUUACUUUUAAUUUCGUACCUGAUGCUGAAACCAACUCAAAAAGCAGCACAAGUUCUUCAUCUGGAUCUGGUGAAUCAAAGGAGGAGGAUGCUGAACCGGUUUAUGAGGAUGCAACUGGAAGGAAUUCAAACCCUCCACUGCCUCCAAAGAGAAGUUUAAGAAGGAAUGCGAACCGUUCUGUUAGUGUUUACAUUCCAGGCAAAUCAGGCGGCACACAAACUACGAGGCUAGAUCCUCCACAGAGGUCGGAGUCUGUCGACGACCAAGCCAUAUCUCGUCCUACAGUGGGAAGGCAAAUGUCCCUUACAGAAAGGCAGCAGAUUCGACAGUCUUCAGCUGCCAUUGUUGUAGUACCUUUAAAGCAGAGUCAAGUGGAUUUGCUAAAUGAAGAGCAAAAAUUACAUGGAGUAGGACUUGAUAUAAGUCCAAAAUCAGCACAUGCAAUUGCACUUAUUGAAAUGUUCAAUGGAGUCUGGAUUGCUGGCUGGGAUGGACGUCGUUUUCCAAGACUUGCUGAAAAGAUCCACAUUGGGGACCAGUUGAUAUCAGUGGAAGAUGUGAGAGUGACCAGUUCAGUCCAAGCAUCUAAGUUAUUGAAACAGACUCAAUCUCAACGUGUCACUUUUGUGGUCAAACGUCUCCCUUAUGCUACCAUUUUGGCUAUUCGUAGGAAUCACGAUAGGGAGAAUCUCGGUAUUACCAGAGAAGGAGGUACAGCAGAGAUCACCUAUGUGGAUCCGAAUGGCCUUGUGGCUAGAUGUGGUCUUCCAAAGCGAGCCAAGAUGGUGGAUGGCGUUGGUGAAUGUAACUGGAUGCUUACGGAAAUAAAUAGUAGAUCACUCAACUUCACAUAUAAAGGGGAGGAGAUUGAGAGAUUGCUGAAUGCUGUUGGGAGAGACAUCUCGAUUGUAGUACAACCUGUGGACUUUGUGAAACAAAUGAAAAAACAGCUAAAAAAACUGAAGAACUACAAAGAUUAUCUCUACUGA